AUGUAGAUCUUGGCAGGUGUGAUGUAAUUGUCAUUUGUAUUGUAACAAAAAAAAAUCUUAUGCAGAAGUUCAUGCAAAUACAUAAUUUAAGAUUAUUCAAUCGGUUUAUGUUCUGUAAUCUCAUUAUGGAGAGAAGUUUAGACAGAAAAUAAUUUGCUUCACACUGCCAAUAAUUUCGAUCUGUGGUAGAUUAGUUUUUGACGUAGCGUAAACCAGACCCUCUCAAUCGAGCUGUGUUGAUAUCGGGCCAUUGCUGUGGUCACAUAAGUGUUGUGUCAAGGGGGCAAAACCAGCUACGCUUUGAAGAUGUUUCUAUCUUCUGCAUUUCGAUCUGCUGUUUCCCUAACGGUAUGCCUGUAACAAAGUACUCGUGUUAGGCUAAUUCUAGGAAUGGAGAACCGGUAGUUAUGUUUGAUGAAGAAAGAGGCUAGGCAGGUCAGGAGCGUUCACCGGUCUGCUGCCAGAGCUGGAGCUGGGGGCAUCUUCGUGCACAGAGAUACUCCUGAAAACAACCCAGACACUCCCUUUGAGUUCACAGCGGAGAACCUGAAGAGGAUUGAUGCUAUCAUUAGUAUGUACCCAGAGGGCCACAAACAGGCCGCCACCAUCCCUGUGUUGGACCUGGCUCAGAGACAGCAUGGAUGGCUCCCCAUCUCAGCCAUGAACAAGGUGGCCGAGGUGCUUGAGGUCCCUCCGAUGAGGAUCUAUGAGGUAGCGACGUUCUACACCAUGUUCCUGAGGCAGCCGGUGGGAAAGUACCACAUCCAGAUCUGCACUACAACUCCCUGCAUGCUUUGCGACUCCGACAGCAUCCUGGAGGCCCUCCAGAACAAACUGGGCAUCAAGGUAGGAGGGAUGACGUCAGACAAGAUGUUCUCUCUAAUAGAGGUGGAGUGUCUCGGUGCCUGUGUUAACGCUCCCAUGGUCCAGAUCAAUGACAACUACUACGAAGACCUGAGUCCAAAAGACAUCGAUCAGAUCAUUGAUGAGCUGAAAGCUGGGAACGUUCCUCCGCCUGGGCCCAGGAACGGGCGUUUCUCCUGCGAGCCAGCAGGAGGACUGACGAGUCUGUCUGAGCCUCCCCCUGGACCUGGUUUCGGUGUCAGAGCUGAUCUAUAGAGACCUACAGUGUAUUUCAACAACUCCCUAGCCCCUAUAUAGUGCACUACCGAAGCCCAUAGGGCUCCAGUUCAAAGUAGUGUAUUUAAAAAAUAUAUAUAAAAAUAUAUAUAUAUAUAUACUGUAUAAGAACCGUACUGUUCAGGGGAAAUAUUGUAAAUAAAAUGUCGAUGUGCUCAUGGGGUGUCA